GCGAAACAAAAAUAUUCGUGUGUGAACAGUGUUAUAGUGAUUUUUAAAAAAAAUACUAAGUGAAGUGAAAAAUAAUAAUGGCUCGUACUAAGCAAACUGCCCGUAAAUCGACUGGUGGCAAAGCACCUCGUAAACAAUUGGCUACUAAGGCUGCUCGUAAAAGUGCACCAGCUACCGGUGGUGUUAAGAAACCUCAUCGUUAUCGCCCUGGUACAGUAGCUUUGCGUGAAAUUCGUCGUUAUCAAAAGAGUACUGAAUUGUUGAUCCGCAAAUUGCCCUUCCAACGUUUGGUUCGUGAAAUUGCUCAAGAUUUCAAAACUGAUUUGCGUUUCCAGAGCUCUGCUGUUAUGGCUUUGCAAGAAGCCAGUGAAGCUUAUUUGGUUGGUCUCUUCGAAGAUACCAACUUGUGUGCCAUCCAUGCUAAACGUGUCACCAUUAUGCCAAAAGAUAUUCAAUUGGCCAGACGUAUUCGUGGCGAACGUGCUUAAAUUGAUUGACAAAAUUACUACAGACAACAAACGCAUAACAACAACAUCAUCAUAUGUGUUUAUUAA